AUAUUAUAACGAAAUAAUUAUUAGCUUCGGUAUACUUUUAAUAUCAGUAUUCUAAUCGAAUUAUUUUCAUUUGAUAACAACGUAAUGUGACAUAUUAAAGAGAAAUUUUAUUUUUUCUGUGAAAUUCGAUUGCUUCGUAUUCGUUGCUAGUUUAAUAAAACACAUGGACGCGGCCUUGGUUUAGCGCCGCCAUUCGCCAUUGUUGGUUCUAGCAAAAAGAGUUUACAAUAUACUUUUGUAGAAAGAAGUAUUCUUUUGGGCUAAAAGUACUUUGUGGAUUUAAUCGAAGAUAAAUAUGGCUCGUAGCCGGAAAGAUAGUACGGGUAAAAGCGACUCUGAAGCUACGGACAAGGAAAGUAAAAGGGAAAGAGGUAGAGAAAGAGAAAGAAAAAAACGUGCUGCUUCUUCUUCAAGCAGUGGUAGCAGUUCAUCGGAUAGUAGUUCUGGGUCAUCCAGUUCCAGCAGCGGUAGUAGCUCUAGAUCGAGCUCUUCCUCUAGUACAUCUUCCAGUACUUCCGGAAGCUCUUCAGGAAGUUCUAGAGAUAGAGGACGUAAAAGAAGUCGAAGUAAGAGUAUUGAUGCUUCUAGAAGACAUGAUAAUAAAGAAAAGGAAAGAGAAAAAGAUAGGGAUAGAGAAAGGGAAAGAGACCGGGAUAGGGAUAGAGAAAGAGAUAGAGAUAAGGAUAAAAAGAAAAGUAGUAAUUCCGUCGUCGAUAAGCCUAAACCUAAAGGACGUUCCAGAUCUCCUUCUCCACGUCGUAAACGUAGAGAACGUUCUCCUAUUCCAAGACCAACAAAGAUACAUAUUGGACAUUUAACAAGAAACGUUACUAAGGAACAUAUUAUGGAAAUAUUUUCAGCAUAUGGUCAGAUCAAAAUGGUUGACUUUGCUAUGGAUAAACUUCAUCCAAAUCAAGGACGUGGAUUCGCUUAUGUCGAAUUUGAAACAGCUGAUGAAGCUGAAAAUGCUAUGAAACAUAUGGAUGGCGGACAAAUCGAUGGACAAGAAAUUACAGCUGCUCCUGUAUUAUUACCGAAACCGAGACCAAUACCAAUGCGUAGAAUGUCACCAGUUAUGGGAAGACGUGUACCAUUACGAUGGGGUGGAGGUAGAAAUACUCCUCCACGUUAUCGUAGACGCUCGCCACCAAUGAAUCGACGUAGAAGUCCACGCCCACCUAGACGUAGACCUAGAAGUCGUUCCCGUAGUCCACAAAAUAACCCACGUCAUCGACAUCGUCGAUAUACAAGAUCCAGUUCAAGCAGCUCCCGAUAACACUUUCUUGUGUAUACAAAAGUUACGAACUGAAUUUGACUGAAGAUGAUUUAUCGGAUUGGUCACUUUGAUAUAAUAUAAAAAAAAAAAAAAAAGAAAAAGAAAAAAAAACACGAGAGAAAAAGAAAAAAAAAGUUAACAUCUACGAUGAAUUGUGCAUACAGAGUACUCAUAGGUAUAUGUAUUUGCAAUCAUCAACCUUUGCACGUAACGAGAAUCGUAAAAAUAAUUUUAUGUUUUAUCGAAUAGUUACACACAUCGCGUUAAUUUCUGAAAUAUACUGAUUUCUCACAUGAUCAAUGUAUUUAGCACUUCAUUGGUACCUGAGGACUAUAUUCGUGAAGUGAUUACACGAAAAGUUAUUCUCAUUCGUACACAGUUAGAAAAAUAUCAAACUUAUCACAAUCGCUAUCGGUAUAUCUUGUAAUCAAUAUAGUAUUAAUUUCAAAUAUAACAAUUGAAACAUAUGUCAUAUUGAUAGAAUCCCAGUGCCAAUGCCAGUGCUCUUUUUUUUUCUCUCUCUCUUUUUUGUUUUGUUUGUUUGCAAGGUUUUCAAAGCAAAUAUUGUAUACUCAAAUCGUGAAGCAAAAGACGAAUAUUUUAUAAAAAGAAAAAAAAAAAAGAAAAAAAAAAAGAGAAGACUAGUAGAAUUGUUGACUAAAUUAAAAGUAUGAAUAUAUAGCAUACAUCAUUUUUCUUCACAAAUAUUCAAAUAUUCUAAUAUUGACGAUAUGCUUAAACCUUUUUUUUUUUUUUUUUUCUCUUUCAAAUCAAUGUAUUUUCAGAAAUGACGUAGCUUACGGAUUAGAUUAUAAAUUUUCUAAUGGUUGUGUCUGUCUAAGCGUAUAUUCUUGUCCAUCACCUGUCUAUACUCCAUUAGAUUAGAGGAAUUUAUUUAUUGGAACACUGGCACACAGCACGCGUUAUAAAAAGUGAUUGGAAUCCAUCUUGCAUUGUUUGAGAAUAUUGGUAAUUUGAUAUAUGCAGAAAAGAAUAAAAUAAAAAGAAAUAAAAAUAAAAAAAAAAAAAAAAUAAAAAAACCGAAGAAAAGAAAAGAAAAAUUAAUGAAAACGUAAGAAACCUGAUCGUUCAAUAAAUGUUUUUAUAAACGUAGAUCCAUAGCGGGUGUUAUAAUGCCUUUCUUGAAUUUUCUCUCUGUAUGUAUCACACCUGUGCGUAAAUUAAUGUUUAAAUCGCGCACAAAAUUUCUAUAGUUUGUGAAUUAUGUUUAAUUUAGGAUUGAUCGAUUGAUGAUAUUAAUGAUGAUGAUGAUGAUGAUGAUGAUGAUGAUGAUGAUGAUGACGAUAAUUAUGAUGAUGACAAUGAUGAUGAUGAUACUGAAAAGAUACACAGAUUUGAUAGAAACUAUGAUUAUUAGACCCUUUUACAAAGAAUCAAUUUUUAGAAAAAACCUAUUCACACAAAAAUCCAUUCUUUUUAUAUACUUCGUGGUAUCUACAAGAGAACAGAAACUCAUUGCAUCUCACACAUCUGAUGUAAAAUUAUCUACAUAUUUCUUUUUCUUCUUUUAUAUUGCGCGUGGUCGUUUAAUUAUCAAUAAUGUACACUUUUAUACGUGGAAACUUUACAAUAGAAACGAAGUGCUCCUGCUUUUUA